AUGCACAGUCUUAUCUCACAUAUUUUAGAUGAGAGCAAGUUCCAACUCCUUUAUGAUUCAUUUGUCAAGGGACCUUACAUCGGGGAGGCGGUGGAUGGCUUCUAUGCAUAUCUAAGAAGUAACAACAUCAAGUUUUCUAGGGAUUAUUACGCAAAGUUCUGUUCCAUUGUUCAAAGUUCUGGGACAGCUAUAUUCCAGACGCUCCAGCAGGAUCUGAGUGACAGACUACCUGCACAACGCUCUGGUAAUCCUGAUGCUGUUAUCAAAGUAUGGAAUGAUGCAAUGUGUGAUAUGCACUCCGAAGCUCGUAUCAAGUUCUUUAAUAUAGUCAAUUCUCAUUACGAGGUGACAGAUGGAACAAUACUCAAGCUUAAUCCAGACUCUUGA